AUGCUACGCUACCAAUCUGUCUGCAUUGCAGUACUCAGCCUGAUACCUGCUCCAGGCUUCCUUGUAGCUGGCCAGACCGGUGUACAAUGCAGCACUGAUACAAAAGCCCCCAGAAUCGCUGGAAACGAUUGCACUCAGGCACUUAAACAGGUUAUCUACCAGGGCAGAAGUCCGUCCUCUCAGCCUGCUGCGCCACCUGUAAUUCAAGAGAUUGAAACUCACAUUGAAAGGGUUUCUGGAAGCUGUGUGGUAGUUUAUGAUAGGUUAAGAAGCGUCCCGGUUGGUGGUAAACCUCCAUUGAUAACCCAGGUAAAUUUUGAAAAUGCCAUCAAAGCAAUUGUAACUCAAUGUAAAGGUCUUGCUGGAAGUAUCAAUGCCCUAGAGGAUGCACGGGUUACUUUUCAGAUCAAGCAACCUAAAACCAAUCCAGUUGAAAAGGAACUCACACCGAUCCCCACCGAAUCAUCAUCACCAAACCUCCAACUCCAGGAUGGCGAGGGCCCCGCAAGGACAUCUACAUGGACCGAGGAAGACUACGAGACCGUGGCUAUCAAGGUCGUUCGGAGAGAGCCCAAGGGACCGAAAUCACUCAGACGAUCACAGAUGCAACGACAACAGCAGCAGCAGAGGGAAGCCGCCGCCACCCAAUCCGCACUCGGAUACCUUUCCGAUAGUGCUCCAGUCCUGGCCGCUGGCGAUCACGCCGGGUUCCUCUCUCCCCAUCCAUCAACAGCCGUCGGUCGGGUACCCCUCCUCAAGGAUGUCGACGACAAACUCAAGAAGGAGAUCGCAAUCAUGAAACGUCUCAGGCACAAACAUAUCGUCCAGCUGAAGGAGGUCAUCGACGAUGCCAAGAGCAAGAAAGUCUUUAUGAUCUUGGAAUUCAUGGAGGGUGGCCAAGUCCUAUGGCAAGACCCCCUCACCCACACUCCCCUGAUGUCCGUCGAGCAGGCACGGAACACGUUCAGACAAGUUCUGCUUGGACUCGAGUACUUACACUACCAAGGCAUCAUCCACCGUGACAUCAAGCCUGCUAAUCUGCUAUGGACUGCCGACCGAGAGACAGUCAAGAUAUCCGAUUUCGGGGUCUCUCACAUCUCCGGCGUCCUCAAGCGCUCGGCAUCCAACUGCAAUCUGCCGGCCAGCAUAGUCCCAAGUGAUGGGCCCGCCGACGAGUCUCCGCGGACGAUCAACUCAACAGACGAUAAAGCCUUACGCAAGACCGAAGGCAGUCCGGCCUUCAUGGCUCCCGAACUCUGCUGCCCCGUCGAGGCCACCCCGGGCAUCACUCCACCCGAAGCGACCGCAGUCGACUACUUCACCCAGCGCAGAAGCUCCACCCUGAACAAACCCGCCAGCACCAGCACAUCCGAUUCCCCAAAUACCCCACCCAAGCACAACAUCCCAUUGGCCUGCUCAGCCCGUCUCAUCUCACUCCCACUGCCCAUCAAGACCUUUGCUAAAGGCGAACGGCCUGCUGUCGGGAAGGCCAUCGACAUAUGGGCACUCGGCGUCACCCUAUACUGCUUACUGUUCGGACGAACCCCGUUCAAUGCACCGAAUGAGUACGAACUGUUUAACGUCAUUUGGAACGAACCUAUCUUGGUGCCCGAGACGAUGGGCAUCGAACGACAAUCACUUGAAUUCGAUCCCGCUAAUCGCUCGCUCGACGGGCCCGUACAGAGGGACUCGAGGGAACUGAUCGACCUGUUGGGCAAACUAUUGGAAAAAGAUCCACGCAAACGGAUCAAACUUGAAGAUGUCAAGGUUCAUCCCUGGGUCCUCAACAACCUCGACAACACUCAACAUUGGGUUCACGAAACCGCUCCUGUAGGGGGUGAUGCAGUCUACGUGACGACGGAAGAAGUCGCCAACUUUUCACGGCCCCGAGCUAGUCUGACGACCCACAAACCGCUGUUUGGCGUCAAGCAGAGCCUCCGAAAAGCGGCCAUCAAGUUAGGCCUACAGAGACCAACCAACAAGAUCUCAAGGAUCAGAUCAAAGAGUGUGAGUAGCGGCGCCAGCGGCUCACCAAGUCCCCAAGUCGAAGCCACUUUCCCAGUCAUCAACCCCCGCCACUCUCCCUUGUCAUCCACCUCUCACGUCCGCCAAAAGAUCUCAAUCGACACAACCCAUCUGCCCCCUAGUAGCCACCCUAGACCCGAGACUCCACCGAUCACGCCUCUUUCAUAUCCAUUGAGCACGAGUGCAUCCAUCAAGCGCGGUUUUGGCGUCUGUUCAGGAUGGAGCUCGGCCAUCACCCCCAAGCCGACCAUCCUCCAAUCCACAUCCUCUCGGCACACCGGCCUUCCUCCACAGCCCGGAAGUCCAGUCUAUUCUACCUCCCACCGCCGAACGGGAACAACCAGCCGGCCUCAAACCCCAGUCAGGGUCGGUCCUUCCCACUCGUGUCUCUCCUCGGUAUCUUCCCGCUCCGGCUCGCCCUCCCAGGCCAACGAUGGCCCGAGCCAUUCCUCCACGCGUUCAGUCCCCCGCAGCUCCUCCCCAAGCACCUGCCUGCUAGUCAACCAGCUCCACCGCUCCUCCAUCCAUGCCAACCAUCCGCACAUGUUACUCGACCCGAUCUCGUUCCCGGUGGACAAGAACAACCAUCGGCGCUCGCUGCCCAGCUCCCCCGCACCUCUCCACGCACUCACCUCACUCUCGCGCACCUCGCUGAUCCCGCCCCGCACGGCCUCGCCCGCCUGCACCAGCGAGGCUGAAUUUCAGGCCCGGCUUGCCCCUCCGCCCACUUGGUUCAGGGACGCGCUCUUCCGGGUCAGACGCCGCUUCACUCGCUCGCCCCAUCGUCGCAACAGCCACCUUACCGACCUGUCCACAUCCGACGACCUCGACCGGACGCCCAUCCAAGCCCGCGAUCCUUCUGCCGACCCCUGCUCGCGUCUGCCCGCAACGGGCUCCAAAGAGUUCUUCGACCACCUCAGAGCCCAUCGUCCGCCCUCUGAAGUCUUCUCCUCCGACCCCGAACCGUCUAUCUCCCCCGACCACUCCCGGCUCCCGGAAGCAGUCGGUGACGGUCAAGAGGGGGAGGAUGAGGAUGAGGAUGAUGAGGAGGAGGAAGAGGUCGGCUCGGAGAGCCUCGGAAAGCCGCUGAUGUUCCACGACGGCACCCAAUGGACCUUCCCAGCCACCGACGAGAAUGGACUCAAAACGCGCGGGCGAGACGGGGCACACGACUGGCUGGAGCAGAUGAUGGUUUCGCAGAAAGAGGGCCCCCAGACGACGCCGGCAGUCCACGAAGCUGCGCGCGACCUCGAGGGCCUCGCCCUGGACUCCGACCCCUCCCCCUCUCCGAACCCGAAGCCCACUUCUGUUCGCCACGACUUGUUGCUCGCCCCGCCCGGCCCCUCUUCCUCAUCCUCGCCCUGGAUCCAGCCCCGGCUCACGUUCAGACCCGCCUCCAUCGAGGUCAAGCGCAGGAAACGCGGCUGCUCCAGAAGCGAAGGCUCUUGA